UGAGCUUGGACUGCUAAAUGCUCCAGCCUUCAGAGGGACGAUGGUGGAGGGCUGAUAAAGAUGGCGGCGCUCUCCGUGGAUGGGAGAUACGGAUUAAAUUGUGGCCAACAAAGCGCAGAAAGAGUCACUGUAUUACAUGUAAAGUUAACCGAGACAGCACUGAGGGCGAUAGAGACCUACCAAAACUGUACGAAUGUUCCUUCUCUGCGGUCAACGAUUCAGUUCAAGGGACUACAAGGGCGCAUUAAGAUUCCCAAGAGUGACUCUUCUUCAGACGCCUUCCACAAUUUUGAAUUCUACCUGUCUAAUGUGGGCAAGGACAACCCUCAGGGAAGCUUCGAGUGCAUCCAUCAGUAUGCGUCGAGCUCAGGGGCCUCACACCUGGCAUUGUUGGCGACAGUACACGACAAGGUCACAGUGUGUGCCACUAAUGACUCCUACCAGGUGACCCGGGAGCGCAUGACCCAGGCUGUGGAGGACACACGAGAACGUGGGACCAAAGUCAUCAAGCCUGGUGGUCAGUACAGAGGAAAGCAAGUACAUAUCCGUAAGCCUGCACUUUCCACCCCAGAAGUGGUCCCAGAGCGUAAACGCUCCACACCCAUCAACCCAGCCAACACUAUUCGUAAGUGCCUUUCCAAUAAUCCUGUAUCGCAGCGGCCGUUCAGAGACCGCAUCAUUCAUCUGCUGGCACUCAGGCCCUACAAGAAGCUGGAAGUGCUAGCACGUUUGCAGCGUGACGGUAUCAACCAGAAGGAUCGCAACUCAUUGGGGACCGCCCUGCAGCAGGUGGCAAACCUGAAUCCCAAAGACAAUGCAUAUUCUCUGAAGGACUACAUAUACCGUGAUGUCCAGCGAGACUGGCCUGGUUACUCAGAAGAUGAGAAGUCUCAGAUUGAUCGGAUCCUGACUCGCAAAUUAGGUCUUCCUAAUGAGAUAACUGCAACCUCAUCCAGUGGUUCUCCCAAAGACAGCGUUCCCACAUCGCCUCAGAAGCGUCAGCCAGACUUUGAUUUCAUUGAUCCUUUGGCACCGAAGAAAGCCCGCAUCUCCCACCUCAGUAAUCGAGGGCCAGCCGCAUCCUCCUCCUCGGAUCGCCUUGAGGACGAGGGCAGCCUCAGCUCUAAACGCUCAUCCCUACCCUCCAAUGUCACCUCAGGCCCUCCCACUCAUCUCCCCAUCUCAUCCCACCCACCUGCCCCCUCUCACCAGCAGCCUAGCCCAGCUUCUAACACCAACUCACCAAGCACCCCAGAGGGCUGUGGCACCCAGGACCUGCCCGUGGACCAGAGUUCCUCCUGCAGAGAUCCUUCACCCAAGUCCUUUUCGUCCAAUAGAUCCCUGCAGGAUCGCUAUCAGCAUCCUAAUCCCGGUCCCAGACCAUCCCCCAGCCCUCCGCCUUGCACCUCACUCACAGUUACCUCCACUGUCAUUUCUAGCCCUCCCUUAUCCAGCAUCACCAGUAAGAAGGUUAAAAAGAAGUCUAAGAAGCACAAAGUCAAGGAUCGAGAAAGGGAGAAAGGGAAGCGAAAGGAAAGAGAUGGCAGUAGUUCUCAUGGUGUUGCGGAUCAGGCCAUAGAAAGUCAUAGAGCCAAGAAGAGGCAGAGCCCUGAUGAAGAGACCAGGAGAGUUAUCAGCAAAAGUUCUCACAAAGAUCAAGACUCUUCAGACAAAGAGAGGCCAGUCCAAUCCACUGAAUUUUCAUCCAAAAUAGAUACACCUGACUAUAUCCUGAAGUACACAGCAUUGGUGUCCCUCGACCAGCGGCAAAGCUACAAGGAUGAUUUCAAUGCAGAGUAUGAUGAGUACCGCCUGUUGCACGGACGCGUGGAGAACAUCACCCGCCGCUUUACCCAGUUGGACGCCCAGUGUCGGAAGUUGGCCCCUGGCACCAAAGAGCAUCAGAAGGUGCAAGACGAAAUCGUGAAAGAGUACAAAAAGAUCAAACAACACAGCCCCAACUACCACAAAGAGAAACUGCGCUGCGAGUACCUGCACAACAAGCUGGCCCACAUCAAGCGGCUCAUAGCUGAUUUUGACCAGCGCAGAGCCCAGGCCUGGUGCUGAGAGCACAGUAGAGAACAGCUUCACUCAUCAGUAUUGAGAAUGGAGGUUCAAACCAAGAGCAUCUGUCCAGCUGUCUCUUAGCUAUUGAGACCCCUUCAGUUGCUGCCUUCGCAACAGCUCCUUCCCCUACUUUCCUCACCAUUUUUCCUUCUCCUGUUUUCUUGCUUCAUUCCUCCUUUUCUUUUUGACCUUUGAUUCCACAGGCUUCAUUGGUGCCUGCAAUCCUGCUUUUCGACUUUACCCAUCGAUCCUUUGCUUUUGCAGUAUUUUUUUUUCUUCUUCUCCUGUGGAUUUGACACCACUGGACCAGUGGAAGGGGCCGUCUGCAUGUGUGAGCGGGUUUGUCUCUAACUUUUGAAGGACUUUCUCUUCAGACAAAAGUAUUUUUGAGCAUCAGAUAAAAUAUUAACAUGUAUUUAAGUAAAACAAAAAAA